UCUGUCCUGUCGGACUGCUGGAGGCGGCCACAUCGCCAUGUUGAACGAAAUCUCCCUUAACAGUGGAAAGGGGCUCGUAAAAUAGCAUUCGGGGAAAACGCUUCUGCUCAGUUUUCAUAGAGGAAACCGUCAAGAAUACCCUGGCAAAGGGAAACGAACUGGAUCCUCGGGAACCCCGACCGGGGAGGGGGAACAGCCCCCUACCAUCCGAAAUGAAGAUAAACCACAAUAAUCGCUAGCUAGCUAGCAUUUGCUCGCUAAACUAUAGCUAAGCUAGUUUUCAAGGCUUUUUCUAUCCCAUUUAGCCACCGGCAACCUGCUUGUACAAGAAAAGGCCCGGCAUUGGCGUAACUCGCUAGCUAGUUUUUAUGUGUAUUAUUUUUAAACUAGAUAAGUAACUAGUUAGCUAUUUAUUACUGUACAUUUUUUAUUUUGUAACGUUUUGCAAUGAGUUUGCCGCCGAAAGCGGUACCGAAAUCAGCCGCUGCUGUAGGAAGUGGACCUGGAACCGGGCCGUCUCCCUCGAGUCAGCUGCGGACUACCCUGACCACCGUACCGCUCCCUGGGCCCCCGGUCGCUCAGCAGCCGCCUGCAGUACCACCAACGCAAGUUUUCCUUAAUGCGUUGCACCCUAGGAUCCCAAGAGUUCAGCCGCCGCUGGAAGACAGAAUCUUCCCCACACAGCCAGGAGUCACGGCCGUGUACAGCAAAGGCAGAGUCAACGAGUUCAUUUGCUACCUGCCACCAGCUAUGUGUGUCCAGAGACCCCCGGGCCCCCCGUACACAGCCCAUGAGAUCGGCAAGGCCCACCCCAGCCUAGCGGCCACCCCGCCGGGCCACGCCUCGUCUCCCGGCCUCCCUCAGGUAUCAGUUUCCACUGUAUCCACUGCGCAUCUGUACGGCCACCCUAAGGUCUGGGAGGCAGGCGGAGGGUCUCCGUACAGCUCUGGGCAGAAUGCAGGCACCACCCCGCUGGUGUACUCCCCGCCGACGCAGCCAAUGAACGCACAGCCUCAGAGCCGCCCGUUUGCGCCGGGGCCUCGUCCUACCCACCACCAGUUUUUCCAGAGGCCCCAGAUGCAAACGGCGCGGCCCACCAUUCCAAGCAACAACCCCUCCAUCCGACCGGCCUCACAGACCCCCACCGCCGCCGUCUACCCCUCCAACCAGCCCAUCAUGAUGACCAUGACAGCCAUGCCCUUCCCCUCGCCACAGACCCCGCAGUACUACAUACCACAGUACCGACACGGUACCCCAUAUGUGGGCCCUCCGCAGCAGUACUCAGUGCAGCCCACGGGUCCCAGUACCUUCUACACUGGGCCCAGUCCAGGGGAGUUUGCCCCCACGCCAUAUGCGGGUCCUCCGUACUACCCUGGUCAGCCUGUGUACACCCCCUCACAGCCCAUAAUAGUGCCUACACCACAGCAACCUCCACCUGCCAAGAGGGAGAAGAAAACAUCCUCCAAGAUCCGUAUCCGAGACCCCAACCAGGGCGGCAAGGACAUCACGGAGGAGAUCAUGUCAGGGGUCGGCGGGAGCCGCAACCCCACCCCACCUGUCGGACGGCCCUCAUCCACCCCCACCCCGCCACAGCAGCUGGGCAGCCAGGUUGCGGAUCACGGGCCCGUCGUGUAUAACGUGGACGCCGUCUCUACGGCGACCGCCUCCUCCUCCUCCUCCUCCUCCUCGGCCCCCGCUGCCGCUCUCGGCCCCACUCCCCCCGUCGACUUGAAACCAGAUGACAAGCCAAAACUGGAGCCUGUGGCACUGAAGCCUUCAUCCCCAGGGCUGCGACCGCCAGACCCUCCUUCAGAGCGAAGCGGAGCUGUCCCACCACACGAACCUUCCACUUCCCCCUCCCCCUCCCCCUCCCUCUCCGCAUCUGCGUCUGUGCCCGCCACCACCACCACCUCCUCCUCCACCUCCUCUUCGUCUGCCAACCUUGAGCUUCCUGCCUGCAGCCCUGAGGCAGGACCCUCUUCCUCCUCCUCCUCCUCCUCCUCUGUAACUCCUGCUACAGCACCAGGCCUUACUCUCAUGGCUAAACCAGAGGCUGCCGCUCAGACCCAUCCAGAGCCUGCUCCUCGCUCAGAGGAGCCCAGACCUGCCCCGGUGGUCCCGAGCGCCAACCUCCAAAGGACCCCUCAGCCCGAGGCCGCACCCAGCCCCAGCCCCAGCCCCAGCCCCAGCCCCAGCCCAGCUGACCUGGUCCCCGUCAGUCCUGCCGUCUCCCCUGCUCCCAGCGCGGCCGUGAAGGCUGUUAACGGUCUGGCUGAGGCUGACUCUAGCCCUGCCGCCCCAGUAGCCGCUACCAUCACCCCCAUCCCCGUCCCCACCACCACCACCACCACCACCACCACAGCGGUCAGUGCUGCUGCUGCUGCUGCUGCUGCUUGUGCUGGUGCUGCUGUCCCUGUUCCUCCGGCCUCCUCCCCGUGCACCAGCUCCAGCCCCCAGCCCGGAUCAGAGCCUCCCCAGCUGCCCGGCCUGCCACAGCUCAGCCAGCCGAGCACGGCGCCACUGGCCCCGAAGCCCGAGUCCGGCCUCAACGCUGCCCGGACUCCAAGGGAACCAGACGCUACCGCCACUGUUCCCGCUGCCGUCGCCAUGCCAGCGGUGCCCAAGGAGACCCUCGAGGCUGCUGCUGUGGAGCUGCCAGUCGUUGCCAUGGCUCCUGCGCCAAUCAUCUCCUCCAUAAGCUCUUCCACCUCCACCUCCACCAUCACUGCUGCUGUCACCGCUCCUGUCGCUGCUCCUGCUGCUCCAGCUCCAGCUCCAGCUCCAGCUCCAGGACCUCCCCCAGGCCUGCAGCACCCGCCCGGUCUGCCGGUGCCCCAGGCACUCGUCCAGGCCAAGAGGCCCUCGGAGGGCACGGAGGCCCCCAAGGCGGCAGCGAGGGAAGCCGAGGUCGCACACGAGGAGAAGGCGGACGCUCAGCAACAGUUAUCCAGAAAAAGCUCAAAUCAAGCUACACCUAGUGCACCAAAGACCUGGAGGAAGCCAAACGAGGAGCCCUCUGCGGGGUCUGUCCCCAGUGCGGACAGAGAGGAGGAAGCGCAGGAGGGUGCGUCUACUGUGGCCGUGGACAAGUCCAGCCCCAGCCCGCCUCCCAUGGAGGUCAAUGCAGAGGUUGAGGAGAAGAAGCUGCCGUUACCGUCGGCGUCCACGUCCCCGUCGCCCCCUGCCGUGGUAGCUGUUCCGGUACCUGCGGCGCCGGUGGUGGUGGAGGAGAACGGCGAGCGCGAUCCGGAGCCGCUGAGGAACGGCGCCGAACACACGUCCGAGACGGACAGCAGCGACAGCGGCCUCACGCCCGGCCCCCGGGACGGCUCCGGCGACCCUCUUCCACAGCUCUCUGAAGGGGACAGGAAGAAGCAGUAUGACCGGGACUUCCUGUUAGGCUUCCAGUUCAUGCCGGCAUGCGUGCAGAAGCCCGAGGGCCUGCCGCCCAUCUCCGACGUGGUCCUGGACAAGGUUAACCAGAACAAGCUGCCGGCGCCGCGACCGGUGGAUCCACGAGUCAUCUCACGGGGGCCAGAUUUCACCCCAGCGUUCGCCGACUUCAGCAGGCAGGUCACAGGAGGCAGAGGAGCACCGCUGCUGAAUGUGGGUGGUAUGCGGCGGCCACCGCCACGCAAGAUCAUCAUGAACGUGUCCGUGGACGAGGUGCAGCUGCAGAAGGCAGAGAACGCCUGGAAGCCCGGCUUGAAGAGGGAGACCACGGCGGCGGCGGCGGUGGAGGAACCCGACGUGCUGAAAACUCAGGAGCUCUUCCGUAAGGUGCGCAGCAUUCUGAACAAGCUGACGCCGCAGAUGUUCAACCAGCUGAUGAAGCAGGUGACCGAGCUGACCAUCGACACGGAGGAGCGCCUCAAGGGCGUCAUCGACCUCGUCUUCGAGAAGGCCAUCGACGAGCCCAGCUUCUCCGUCGCCUACGGCAACAUGUGCCGCUGCCUCGCCACUCUGAAAGUGCCAAUGGCAGACAAGCCCAACAGCACGGUGAACUUCCGCAAGCUGCUGCUCAACCGCUGUCAGAAGGAGUUUGAGCGGGACAAGGUGGACGACGACGUCUUCGAGAAGAAGCAGCGGGAGCUGGAAGCGGCCGCCUUGGCCAGCGAGCGCGAGCGUCUGCAGGAGGAGCUGGAGGAGGCCAAGGACAAGGCGCGGCGGCGCUCCAUCGGCAACAUCAAGUUCAUCGGCGAGCUCUUCAAGCUGAAGAUGCUGACGGAGGCCAUCAUGCACGACUGCGUGGUCAAGCUGCUCAAGAACCACGACGAGGAGAGCCUGGAGUGCCUGUGCCGCCUGCUCACCACCAUCGGCAAGGACCUGGACUUCGAGAAGGCCAAGCCUCGCAUGGAUCAGUAUUUUAACCAGAUGGAGAAGAUUGUCAAAGAGCGGAAGACAUCUUCCCGCAUACGCUUUAUGCUGCAGGAUGUCAUCGAUCUGAGACUGCACAACUGGGUGUCGCGGCGAGCUGACCAGGGCCCCAAGACCAUCGAGCAGAUCCACAAGGACGCCAAGAUCGAAGAGCAGGAGGAACAGCGCAAGGUCCAUCAGCAGCUGCUGUCCAAGGACAAUAAGAGGAGACCAGAGACCCGGGCGGAAUCCCGGGCGGAAUCCCGUGCGGUGCAAAGAGAAGAGACCUGGAACACUGUGCCCAUGACCAAGAACAGCAGGACAAUAGACCCCAGCAAGAUCCCCAAAAUCUCCAAGCCUACCAUAGAUGAUAAGAUCCAGCUGGGUCCGCGGGCGGGAGCCCUGAACUGGAUGAAGGGCAGCAGCGGGGGAGCUGGAGCCAAGGCCAGUGAGUCGGAUGCGUCCCGGUCCAGUGGCAGCAGUCUGAACCGCUACUCGGCUCUGCAGCCCUCGAGCUCCCAGGCCCCCAGUAGCCCCUCCGCCCCGUCCGACUUCGACUCCAGGAGAAGUCUGAGCAGUCGCGGCAGCUCUGGGCGAGAGCGCAACGACAAGCCGGCGGCGACCCCGUCUCGUCCCGGCUCCUUCUCUCUGGCCAGCGGCGGCACGGGCAGCGGCGCCAAGGAGCCCUCAGAAGAGCUGUCCCCGGAGGAGCCCCGCAGAGAUGCCCCCGACACGCCCAAGCUGCAGGACAAGGCCAAGCCUGAACGCAGUCGCUCCAGGGACUCCGUGAAACUUGAAGCCCCAACAGCCCCCUCCCCUGAGAAGCCUGCCCUAUCAGAGGAGGAGAUGGAGAGGAGAUGCAAAGCCAUCAUUGACGAGUUUUUGCACAUCAAUGAUUAUAAGGAGGCGCUGCAGUGUGUGGAGGAGCUGGAGCAGGCGUCCCCGCUGCACAUGUUUGUGCGGGUGGGGGUGGAGUCCACGCUGGAGCGCAGCCAGAUCACCCGAGACCACAUGGGUCAGCUCUUCCACCAGCUGGUGCAGGCCGGGACCCUCUCCAAACUCCACUUCUUCCAAGGGUUCUCUGACACCCUGGAGCUAGCAGAUGAUAUGGCCAUUGACAUUCCCCAUAUAUGGCUGUAUCUAGCGGAGCUGGUCAACCCCAUGCUCCGCGAAGGAGGAAUCUCUAUGAGAGAAUUAUUUAGUGAAUUUAGCAAACCUUUACUCCCUGUGGGAAGAGCUGGGAUAUUAUUUUCUGAAAUAUUGCACCUUCUAUGCAAACAAAUGAGCCAUAGGAAAGUGGGUACCCUAUGGAGGGAAUCAGGACUGAUUUGGGCAGAUUUCCUCCCUGAGGGCUCCAAUGAGCACAGCUUUAUUGCUGAGCAGAAACUAGAGUUUACCCUAUCAGAGAGCUCGAGCCUCAAUGAAGCACCUUCAAAGAGAACACUUUCGCCCGAGGAGCUGAACAAACACCUUGAAAAGCUGCUCCUGGAGGACAUGGCGGGCGAUGAACAAAUCUUUGACUGGGUAGAGGCGAAUCUGGAUGAAGCUGAGAUGAGCUCCCCUCCCUUCCUGAGAGCUUUAAUGACUGCUGUGUGCAAAGCAGCAGUGAAAUGGGACGCCUCUUCCUGUAGAGUGGACACAGCCAUCAUCCAGAAGAGGUUGCCUGUAUUACUCAAGUACCUUAACUCAGACACAGAGCGCCAGUUGCAAGCACUUUAUGCACUUCAAGCAUUGAUAGUUAAACUGGAACAGCCUCCAAACUUGCUCCGGAUGUUUUUUGACUGUUUGUAUGACGAAGACGUUAUCUCGGAGGACGCGUUCUACAAAUGGGAGUCGAGCAAGGACCCGUCCGAGCAGCAGGGCAAGGGUGUGGCCCUCAAGUCGGUCACGGCCUUCUUCACCUGGCUGCGCGAGGCCGAGGAGGAGUCGGAGGACAACUGACGAAGGACCGCAGGACAAAACUUAAAACAACAAACAAAGCAAAAAAAAACAACAGGAAGAGAAAAUGGACAUGUUUGCCAAUUAGUGCUAAAAAAAAAAGGACAAUGGUCGCUGCAACAAAAAAAAAAGAUAACUGCAUCAUCUAAAACAAAACAAAAACAUAACAAAGCCACACAUAUGAUCAGCUCGGCUGGAAGAGAAGAAGAGAAGAGAAGAGGAUGGUUGCGAUGAUUGGGUGAGAGGUUUAUGGUACGGUUUUCCACACCCACAGCGACGUGACUUCACUUUGCUGGAGCACUAAACAAAAAAAGAAGAAAAAAAGAAAAAAAAAACAUGUAUUAUUUAUAGAACUAUUUCAGUUAAAAGUUUUUAAUUUUCUUUCUUUUGUUACUUUUUAAGAAAAAAAGACUUUAAUAAUACGAAAAAAAAACGUGCUACAAAGGAGAAAAAAAAACAUCAGUUCAGACUCUUUAAUUUAUUUUUUUUAAGAACUGCAGAUAUGAAAUGUAUUUAACAUUUGCAGGUGGUCAGAAUGUGAAGGCGUUGGAGGAUAUAGAAAUAAUGAAUUAAAAUUAUGUUAAUAAUAUUAAUGAUUAAUAAUUAUGAUAAAAACCUGUUCUAAACAGCCUCCCUAAUUUACCAGUUGUUCUGUUUAGAACAAACAACGCGUCUGGGGCUAAAGACGCAAGGGUACUAGGGAGGAUUCAUGGUUUAGCACGUCAAAAAGUUUAAGGUUUAUCGUGGGGAUAACCACACCAAUUCCUUCUGCUUUAGCUUGCUCUAUGACACAUAUACUCCGGCAGAGUGGCAGAACUAUGCAUUCAGGCCACUACCAAGAGGCUGUGAAGCAACAACAACACAUUUGAAUGAAUGGAAUUAAAAGAGCAAGCAUCUUGUACAAAAACACUAAGAGAUGUUGCUGACCCUGAAGUGCUUGUAAUUCUUCAUACUGAUAGAGCAAAUCUAAAGCUUGUAAAUAAAUGAAAAAAAGAAAUAAAAAAACAAAACCAACUGUCUCAGUGGCCAUUUUCCAUGUCGGCAUGAUGUAACUUUUUUUCCCUUAUUUUCAAAUCUUCAAAAACGUCACUCUUUUUCACGAAAGUGUCCAUAGCCACAAGGAGCAUGGCCCAGCCUCUGUAUAUUGAUAUGGUUACUCCCAACACCACAUAUUAAACAGUGAUGGU